GUGGCAUUUGCGAUGUUCAACUGGGACUCUGUGAAGUCGGCCUUGCAUAUUGGUUCUGACUCUGAGGAUGUUCUGCCGUCACUCGAUCUCGAGGGCGUAGCAAAAAUAAUUUCUGAAGGAAAGGUUUCCAAUAUCAUCACGAUGGUCGGUGCAGGCAUAUCUACUGCUGCAGGCAUUCCGGACUUCCGAAGUCCCAGCACGGGCAUAUACGACAACUUGGAAGAAUACAACCUGCCCUCUCCGAUGGCCGUGUUUACCUUGGACUACUUCAAUGCAAGUCAUUUUUGUCAUUUAUCUUUCGCUAACCAUGAUCCAAAGCCCUUUUUCGAGGUUGCUAGACGGCUCUAUCGUCCCUACGCAAAGCCGACCACUGCGCAUUACUUCAUCCGUUUACUUCACGAAAAAGGCCUUCUGCGUCGUCACUUUACUCAGAAUGUGGACACCCUUGAACGGAUAUCUGGGUUGCCCGCGAAUAAGAUUGUUGAAGCCCACGGAUCUUUCUAUACUGGUCAUUGUCGAAAAUGUCGCCAACUUCAUGAUUUCGACUACAUGAAGGAUGAGAUAAUGGCAAAGCGGGUUCCCAUGUGCACCGCUGAGGGCUGCUCGGGCGUUGUGAAGCCA